AUGCCGCCGGCCACGCCAGCGGCAGCGGGUUUGGGGCUGGGGGGAUCCCCUCUUGCUGCGGCCUCUCUCCAGCGAGGGAUUCGGCCGGAUCCUCUCCUGGGACCCUCGCUCUGCUCCUGGCAACGCAGCGGAGUGCGCCCCGCGCCGAGGACGCAGAGACCCCGCAGCCACGCUGCCUGCAGGGGCAGAGGGACCGGGCGGGAGCGGGAUGCCGAGCAGAUGGCCGCGGCGGGGCGACAGGAGGGCAGAGCGGGGCUGUCCCCUGUCCCCAGCACCCGGCAGGAUGGCCGGGGCCCCGCGGUGACCAGCCCAGGGACAGCCGCGGGGCCCUCGGAGGUCCCUCGCCAACCCCCCGGCCACGGCCGGACCAUCCGGCAGAGCGGAGCCACCGCCCGCCGCAUUCCCACCGGCUCCCACCAGCGCCGGCUGCGGGAUCCGCCAUCGGCAAACUCGGCCCCAAGUCAAACCAGGGGAGAAGAGAAGCCCCCUCCUCCAGAGCCGCCGGCUCCACUGAACGCGCGAUCACGCCGCUCAGGAUGUCACGGCGCGGGUGCCAGGCGAUUCCCAGAGAAGCGGGCCCCGACGGCCGUCCCUGAGGAGCUGUGCCGACGCGGAUGCGAGGGAAGAAGUAAUUUAGGAAACGGCCUUGCCAACAUCCGAGCCGAUUUAUUAACCCGGGUCCUGCUGCUGGGGCCUGCCCCAGUCCUGUCCUUCCCCCGCGAGCUGCACCCCCGGUCCCGCGCUUUGGGGCGCCCAUCCCUGCCGGAGCCUCGAGCAUCCCCGUCCCGACACGAGGGGCUCGGCGAUUCCCCGGACACCGGAACCCCACGGCGGCACCGGAGAGGGGGAGCCGGGAGGGGACGGACACCGGAACCCACGGCCGGCACGGGGGAGGUGGAGCCGGGAGGGGGCGAUGGCAGGACGGGCUGCCACGUGGCUGGGGCGCUGGAGGUGUACCGGCUGGUCGCGCUGGGGGUGUCCCUCUGGAGCCAGCUUGCCGUCCCGCUCCUCUUCCUCGUCUUCUGGCUGGUGCUCUUCUCCCUCCGGCUCUCCUCCUUCCUCGCCUCCUCCGGCAGCCCCCUGGCCCAACAGGGCCUCCUCUUCCUCCUCCUCAGCAGCGCGGCCGAGUGCUGCAGCACGCCCUACUCCCUGGUCGGCCUCACCUUCACCGUCUCCUACCUCGCUCUGGGCGUCCUCAACCUCUGCAAGUUUUACCUGCUGGGCUUCGGCGCCUUCCAGAACGGCAACGUCAUGCACAGGGGGGUGACGGAGGGUGUGACGCUGCUGCUGCUGGCGCUGCAGACGGGGCUGCUCGACCUGCAGAUCCUCCAGCGGACCUUCCUCCUCAGCAUCAUCCUCUUCAUCGUGGUGACCUCCACGCUGCAGUCCAUGAUUGAGAUAGCUGAUCCCAUCGUGCUGGCAUUGGGGGCUUCCCGCAACAGGAGCCCCUGGAAGCAUUUCCGUGGCGUCAGCAUGUGCCUCUUCUUGCUGGUUUUCCCUUGCUUCAUGGCCUACAAGAUCGCCCACUUCUUCCACCUGGAUUUCUGGCUGCUGAUCCUGGUCUCCAGCUGCAUGCUCACCUCUCUGCAGGUGAUGGGCACCCUCUUCAUCUACGCCCUCUUCAUGGUGGAGCUGCUCCAGGACACGCCGCUGGAGCGGAUGGAUGAGAUCAUCUACUGCGUGAACGCGGUGAGCCGGGUGCUGGAGUUCCUGGUGGCUGUCUGCGUGGUGGGCUACGGCACCUGGGAGUCCCUCUUCGGGGAGUGGAGCUGGAUGGGCGCCUCCGUCAUCAUCAUCCACUCCUACUUCAACGUCUGGCUGCGCGCUCAGUCGGGCUGGAGGAGCUUUCUGCUGCGCCGCGAGGCCGCCAAGAAGAUCAACUCCCUGCCCCGGGCCACGGGCGGGCAGCUGCGGGACCACAACGACGUCUGUGCCAUCUGCUUCCAGGACAUGCAGGUGGCCGUCGUCACCCCCUGCAGUCACUUCUUCCAUGCCACCUGCCUCCGCAAGUGGCUCUACGUGCAGGACACGUGCCCCAUGUGCCACCAGCAAGUCAGACCGGAGCCGUCGUGGCCCCAGCCCUCGGGAGGCUCUGGGUGA